UCCCACUACGGUUAAACAGUUAAUCUUCUCUCUCCUCCCAACGUCCUUCUUAACUUCUUCCGUUCACCGGUGUUCGUUUGAAGAAGACCACAGAGUUUCUGCAAGCGGAGGGCUGCCACAUCAGAAGACCGAACAUCUAGUUUUACUCACUAUUUUCCAUGUCACAUCCGAAGACCGAACCUGUUCAUUCAAGCAGUGGAAGACAAGGUACAUUUUGAAAGCAAUGGCAAAUAAGGGAGUUUGCACCAGAUGUUCACCAAAACGCUUCAAUGAGCCUAUUUCAAACUUGGGGUUAAGAAGGGAGCACAAUGAAGCUCUUAAUGCCAUCCCCUUUGGACAAUUAAUUUGCAUUCCACCAAGCACUUUUGAUAAGGCGCUUAUCGUGAAGAUGGUACAACGGUGGGACCCAGAGACCUGUACAUUCAAUUUAGGUGGUGUGUAUGUACCAUUUAUCGACCAGGACAUUGCGCUAAUAUUGGAACUGAGGUUAGAAGGAUGUUCCGUGAUCACAGGCAUCUACUCGUCGGUUCCAGAGUUCAUUAAUCAUUUGUUUGGACUUAGCGGUGAUUCCUCCACCCAACCGCUCUUGAGUACAGUAGAGGAGAAGUUCCUUAGUGUAGUGCAUGAGAAAUUGAAUGAAUCGACUGAAGAUGUGGUGAAGUUGAUUCUCUUGCACCUAUUUGGGUUGAUUUUGUUUCCACAAGGGGGGCCCGUGUGAGCCUUGUGUAGGCCAAUUACAUCAAUGAUCUGGCACACAUAUCCGAAUAUUCAUGGGCACGAUGUGUGCAUCAAUUCAUCGUAGAUGGCCUUAAUCGUGUUGUUGGUUACACGAGCAUGCCUAUAAAUGAUGGUCAAAGGUCCUUUUCAGGCACAAUAUUUGGUUGUUUUGCUACUGUGAUGGUGUGUAUAUGUGACUCAAGAAUUUCUUGAUGGUUGUGUAUUGUUUCCUGUUUAGUGGA